CUUAUUUUUCGGGGAGAUUUACUCGCGCGCACGGAUUAAUUGCCCAGAAUAAAAGAAAAGGAAUAACACAUAAACACUGGCGGGCAGUCAACUAACCAAAUCACUACUACAACUACGUGGCGCAUUUCGACGGGCUUUUGUGGUCGGAAUGUCAUCAAAACCUCAGUACAGUCUCAGCGAGGUGGAUGGGGAUCUCUUCUCCGCCCCCAAGGCAUACUCAUUGGCUCAUUGUGUGGGCGCCGAUCUUGCAAUGGGUGCUGGAAUUGCUGUGCAGUUCAAGAAAGUCUACGGCAAGGUGGACGAGUUGCGAGCCCAAAAUGUGGGCAGUGGAGAUGUGGCGGUUCUUAAGGAUGACCAACGGUAUAUCUACUACCUGGUGACCAAACCUCAAAGCUGGGGAAAGCCUACUUACGAAUCACUACAGGCUUCGCUGGAACAGAUGCGUGAGCAUAUGCGCAAAAACAAUGUGGAUAAGCUGGCGAUUCCGAAAAUUGGAUGCGGCAUUGAUGGCUUGGAGUGGGAAAAGGUCAGCGGAGUUCUUGAGUACGUUUUUGGCCAGGAACCACUGGAGAUCGUAGUGUACAACUUUGUGCCGCCUCAAAGCAAAUAAUGGAAUUUUUCAGUUUAAUUUGUGCCAUUUACUUUUGAGCUACAUAAUUAUAAACAACAAGUUCCACAACA